AUGGAGAACGAACCAGUCAGACCUUCCUCUGCCACACGUCGGCGUCCUCGAACACCAACCAAAGGAAAAGAGAUAGGAGUCAUUGGGCAGGCGUCAUGGACCAGCAGCGUGAUCAACCUGGUCAACACCAUUGUGGGAGCCGGUGUGCUUGCAAUGCCACUAGCUAUGUCGCACAUGGGCAUGCUACUCGGGAGUAUUGUUAUCUUAUGGGCAGGCUUGACUGCAGGCUUUGGUCUCUAUUUGCAAACGAGAUGCGCAGCAUAUCUUGAAAGAGGAUCGGCAAGCUUCUUUGCGCUCAGCCAAAUCACAUACCCAAAUGCUGCUGUCGUGUUUGACGCUGCGAUCGCAAUCAAGUGCUUCGGAGUGGGCGUGAGCUACCUUAUCAUCAUUGGAGAUCUUAUGCCAGGCGUUGUUCUUGGUUUUGUCGAAGUGAACCAGGUGGUACCUUUCUUGAUCGACAGGCGUUUCUGGGUUACGGCAUUCAUGCUUAUUGUCAUUCCUUUGUCCUUUCUGCGCAGACUCGAUUCACUGAAAUAUACCUCCAUUAUCGCGUUAAUCUCAAUUGGAUACUUGGUUAUACUGGUGGUCUACCACUUUGGAGCCAAUGACACACUACCGACAGGACACUACCAGACACCACUUCGGAGGUUUACGUGGGCUGGUCCUGUCCCAACUUUGGCCAGCUUUCCUGUUAUAGUAUUCGCAUACACCUGUCACCAGAACAUGUUCAGUAUCUUGAACGAAAUUGCAGACAACUCACACCGACGUACUACUUCCGUAAUAAUCGCCUCGAUCGGUUCCGCGGCAGCCAUUUACGUGCUUGUGGCUUGCACUGGCUACCUCUCCUUCGGUAAUGAGGUGGGUGGAAACAUUGUGGCACAAUACGCACCAUCUACAAGCACGACCAUUGGCCGGGCAGCUAUUGUUGUGUUGGUCAUGUUUUCCUACCCACUGCAGGUUCACCCAUGCCGAGCCAGUGUCGAUGCAGUCAUAAAAUGGAGGCCGAAAGGAAAGCUCUUUAAUGUUCUUGCACGACAUAAUAUUACUCGUCCCGAUGCAAGUCCUCUACGCUAUGAGCCACUUCUCACGCCGACAUCCAUUCAACCACGAAAGACCGAGAUGUCUGACACACGAUUCGCGCUUAUCACUACAGUCAUUAUAAUCCUCUCCUACAUCGUCGCCAUGACAGUCUCCAGCCUCGAGGCCGUGCUCGCCUACGUCGGCAGCACAGGAAGCACAGCCAUCAGCUUCAUCCUCCCAGGUCUCUUCUACUACAAAAUUUCCAGUCCGGACUCCCCCCUCCACCAACGCCUAAUGAAAGAACAAGACGACUGGGACAGCGACUCCGACAACGACAACGAAGACGACCCAACCCUCCCACACCGUCGACCCUCAGUCGAGCCACAACAUAACACCGGAAACGACGACAACGACGGUCUCCUCGCGCACUCGAUGCUAAGUACCGUCAACACUUCCACCGCAAACAUUCUGCGCCGUUCGAAGAAGUGGCGGAGGAAACUUCUGCGUCGCCUUGCGCUUGCGCUGAGUAUUUAUGGGUUUGUUGUGAUGAUUACUUGUUUGAUCACGAAUACGUAUUUUGUUGCUGCUCAUUAG